AUGGAUGUUGCUACUAGAUGGAAUUCUACCUAUCUUAUGCUUGAAACUGCAAUUAGAUAUCGACGUGCCUUUGGAUGCUUGGCUAUUCGUGAUAAAAAUUAUGUUCAUUGUCCAUCAAGUGAUGAGUGGAAAAGGGCUGAAAAAAUGUGUGAGUUCUUGAAGCCAUUUUAUGUAAUGACUAAUUUGAUUUCAGGUUCUUCUUAUCCAACUUCUAAUCAUUACUUCAUGCAAAUUUGGAAAAUUGAAUGUUUGUUGCGGGAAAAUGCAAAUAGUGAUGAUUUGACGAUUAAAGAUAUGUCAUUGACUAUGAUGAAAAAGUUUAGUAAGUAUUGGGAUCAUUAUCGUGACAUUCUUGCUAUUGGGGCUAUUCUUGAUCCACGGAUGAAGUUUGAAACAAUCCGAUUUUGUUAUUCAAAGAUUAAUCAUUCUACUUGUGAAGACAAGAUUAAAGUCUUAAAGGAUAACAUGUAUAAGUUGUUUGAAGAAUAUGACAAAUUAAAUCCAAAUGAGUCAAACAAUUCAAGUUCUCAAGUUUCCCCUCCAACACAACUUGCUUCUUUUACGAAUGAUGAGCCAGUGAUGGAUGCAUUUGAUGAAUAUGUUGAUUACUUCAGUCAACAUGUAAAUGACACAGGAAGGUCUGAAUUGGAUCUUUAUUUGUAUGAAGGCAAUCUUCAUCCAAAUUUUUUUGAUAAGUUGGAUGUAUUGAGCUAUUGGAGGGAUCGUCGAGAUCGUUAUCCAAACUUGUCUAAGAUGGCUUGUGACGUGCUUAGCAUUCCAAUCACUACCUUUGCUAGUGAGUUUGCCUUUAGUCUUGGUUCUCGUGUCUUACACCUCUCUCUGCUCAACAUAAAGGAAGAGAAAGGUGAAUCCUUAAGGGCUUACAUUGAUCGUUUUGGGACUGUGGCCCUCAAAGUAAAAUACCUAGAUUAUAGAAGCAUCUGGCAUUACAUGGUCAACGACCUACUGAUAAGCCUUUUUGUAGAUGAUGUGUGCAUGAAUCCCCUAGCCAACAUGAACGAGUUAAGACAACGCACCGCCAAGUUCAUGAGGGUGGAAGACACGAGGAAAUACAAAACUCAAGCUAAGGCUGCAGUCACUUUAAUAAAUGCGGGUAGUGGGAAGUUUUAUGACAUUUAA